UAUCAUAUGAUGUUUCGAGUCCUGGCACGUCAAACCCCGAAUACUCCGGAAUAUGCGUGCGCCACCGGUACGCUUUUGUACAGUAUCGUAACUAAUGGCUAACUUACAGUAUGAUAGUGCUGGCCCGUGGAACGGGAGAUUGGCUGCCCGCCCGCCAAUUCUCGGCUCGGGAACGGGGGGUGCGAUUGGUCGGUCGAUCGAUCCCAGGGUCACGAUACGAUUCCCUUCGUUCGCCGGCGGAAUCGAGAAAUUGAAAAGUUUCACUGCGGGAGGGUUGCUCCAGUGGAAGGGGGAAAAAAAAAGCAAAGAAAAAAAAGAUCUCCAGCUUGUUUGUGUAUUAUUAGAUCUCUUACCUUCUUUUUUCGAGGGAGGGAGCGAUUGCAUUUUCGCCGCA